AUGCUUGGAGAAGCCUUCUUAAUUGAACUCCUAUACAAAGAACAGAAAUAUGCAAGAUUUUGUAAAUCACUUACAUGUAAGAAGACCUCAAAUGAUGAAAAGGAAACUUGGAAAAAGCAACUUUUAGAUAUAGAAGACAAUUCACUUUCCCCUGAUAAAAUAGAAAAUCAACAAAAGGUUGAGAAAGAAAGUUUAGCAAAGCAAAUUAAUGAUGCAAAUAAAAUAAAAUCUGCAGAUGAAAUAACUGUACCAAAAUGCAAAAGCGCACUCAUUCCAGGAAAUGUGUCUUUUGCAUUACCCACUCCAAAAAGAGAACAGUGUGAUGAAAGACAACUGGAUUUAUACCGAUCUUGGUCAUUUACAAGUAUUUGCCAGAAUUAUCCUGACCUACAGAUUGGAGGAGAACAUAUGGGCAACAUUUAUGAUUCAAGCUGCUUUGUGGAACACAUACUUGAUGAUGCUUUUAACAGUCCCCUUUUACUUUCAGUAGAUAUACCAUUGGGCCAUUCUUCUAUCAUUGAGCCUCUGGAGAAACUACCUGCUUCAAAACUUUUGAAUGGGGAUGAAAUUCGAGAAAAAAGUAUAUUGUUUCAUAAGCAGCCCCUCUCUAAUUCUAUGCUUAAUAAUUAUAUGGAAAAAAAGGUGGAUGAACUCUACCAACAAUUUUUGGAAGAAAAUCUCACUAAGUGCCUUUCCAUAACCAAUCUUAUGGAUUCCAAUUUGUUAAUGAACAAUGUAAAUCAGAUUAGCCUUCAAAUCUCUGAAGAGCAGAACAUAAAGGCAUCGAAAACCUGGGAAGCUCUCUUACAUUCUUUCUCACGAUGUAAUCUCUGUAACAUUUCCCAUGGAAAUAGUUCUGAAUUCAGCACUCCUAACCUACAAAUAUCAAACCAGAGAAGUAGGGGAUUUGUAUCACAUCUACUAUAA